ACACCGAGUGGAGGGAGCCUGGGAGGGCAGGGCGUGGCCGUCCGAGUCCCAGAGGGGCGGUGAGGUGGGACAGGGAGCUGCGUGUGGCGGUUGCUCCCUGGGCAGGGGCUGUGAGGGGCUGGGGGCCAGCCGGCCGUGUCCCUGGAGGACGGCCGCAGGUCGCGCGUUCUGGGCGCUUCCCGGCGCGUGGCCUCGUCGUCGGCCACGCGGUCCCCCGAAGCUGUGGGCGCCGCCGUCGCGCGGCUGGGGUGUUGGGGGCGGGCUCGGGCGAGGGGACGCGAGUAGCUGUGGAGUGUCGUCCGCGAGCGAGCUGCCCGCUUCAGAGUGCGCGGGAAGGCCCCGCCUCGAACCCGCGGCGGCGAGCGCUCCGCGACCGGGCGGUCCUGUGAAAACUCCGCUGUCUGGAUGUUUGGCGGUGAACUCCUAAGUGUACAGCUGCGCUGUCCCUGUAGGGUUUACCUCGCUGUGGGGGUAGGACUUUCUUUACAAUCUUGCUACGCCGAGAAAGGACCAUUCCGAGUGGUCUUCAUUUUGAAGGGCAGAUCCUCUUGGGAAAUCUGGGCGUCUGUGGAGCCCGGACUACGCGUAUCCAAGAUGGAUGACAACCUAUUUGUCAGUUUGGACAGACUUUUGCUAGAAUUUGUUUUCCAGUAUGAGCAAGAUAUAAGUACUAAAGAAGAUAUGAUUCAGCGAAUUAAUAAAUGUGUUGAAGAUAUUAAGGAAAACAAAGCAACUAUUUGUAAGAUACAUGAAACUAUAAAUACAACAGAUGAAGAGAUUGGUCAUUACUGUAAACAUAGUAAGGAGAUCAAAGACAACUGUAGUAACUGGAAGCCAACAUGUGAUGUUUUUCAUAAACAUGAAGACUAUGUGCAGGACCAAUUUACUAUUUAUCAAGAAACUGUUGAAAAAGACAAAAAAAUGUACCAUGGUUAUAUAUGUCAGUAUAAAGAUGUUUUGAAGCAAUACCAACUAAAAUACUCAGAAACACCCUUUUCACAUGAAUAUUAUGAGAAGAAAAGAGAACAUGAAGAAAUUCAAAACAGAGUGUUGGCAUGUACUGAACAACUAAAAAUGAAUGAAACUAUUUUUAUGGAAUUUCUAGUUCCUGCUCCCUUUCCAUCACGUACUAAAUGGACAUUACAUAUUGUUAAUUUGAGAUAUAAAACACAAGAUAUUCUUAAACUUGCCAACAAUUUUUCCAAAAGUUCAUCUGAAUUGAAGAAAGAAGUAGAUGAAAUGGAAAUAGAAAUUAAUUAUUUAAACCAGCAGAUUGCAAGACUUUAUGAAACUAAGAAUCUCUCAGAAACUUUGGAAGAAAAAAAUAAAAAUAUAGAAAAGAAAAAGGAAUUGAAAGAAAGGUAUAGAAUUUUUGAAAAAGAUGAACAACAUAUACUUACAUUGAAUAAAGCCCCUCAAAAAAGUCAAUUAUUUCUUCCAUAUGAAUCUCAGAAAUUGGUCAGACCAAUAAAAAUGCACUCUUCAGAACCAAAAGUUAUAGAUAAAAAGGAAGAAAGUUCUGUGAAGCAGUCAAAGCUUGCCAAUAUUGACUUCAGACAAAAAGAAAAUGAUACACAGGUAUUUAAUGACUCUACUGUGAAUAACCAUUCAAAAUGUUCACAUGUUGCAGCUAUUAAAAGUUCACAAAAUUUUAUGCAGUUCAGAUUGUUAACCCCACAGAAACAAUCAAAUUGCAAUCAAUGGUUUGAAAAAGGAGAUACAGAUGCUGAGUGUGGAGAUAAAGGGACAGUAAGACAAUUAAGAGAAUCAAAAUGUGCUUCACAAGUUCUGUAUGCAGAACAUUUUGGAAAGCCAAUAGAAGAUAAUAGUGAUGAAGUAGAAGAAAGGGCUGAGAAUUUUCCACGAACUCCUGAAAUUCCUUUAUUUUUAAGAACUCCUGAAGCUGUGAAAACACCUGAAUCCUUGGAGAAAUUAGUGUUCCCCAAAACUCCCACAUUUGAAAUAAAUAGAAAUACAAUACCUGAAGGUCAAACACAAAAGGAAUCCCCUGGAUUUUCUUUUAUUAUGAGUUAUACUUCUAGAUCACCUGGAUUGAAUUUAUUUGAUUCUUCUAUAUUUGAUUCAGAAAUCUCAUCAGACCAGUUUAAUGAACAUUCUGCAGGAAAUUUAAAUCCUCUCUCAUCACAACAAGAAAUUGGAAACUUAUUUGGGAAACCAGAAGGAGAAGAUGGCUUUACAUUUUCUUUUCCAUCAGAUUCUUCAACUCAUACAUUUGGAGCUGGAAAAGAUGAUUUUAGUUUUCCAUUUUCAUUUGAACGAGAUCAAAACUCAACACCUUCUUCUGUCAAAGGUUUUUCAUCUUCCUCACAAAAUACAACCCAAUUUACUUUUUUUUGAACUAGUUACUAAUUUCUUGAAUUAUUUUACUGCUCUGUAAUUAUCUAGGGUAUGAAUUUAUGUUACUUAAGAUAUGAAGGCUACUUUCUUUUGUUGAUUAAAGCAUAAUGGCCUUCCAUAGUUGCAUUAUUUGAUUAUAUUUAUUUAAAUAUUGAAAGAAAUUAAGCUUAUAUCAUCUAAUUUAGUUUCUGUGUGUGGCAUUAGCUAUCAUUAUUCAUUUUGGUUUUGAUUUUGCAAGCCAUAUUCAAUCAGAACUUUUGUUAAUCUUAAUAGAAUUUGAUGCUUUUCCUAUUAAUCUUUAUUGUAAAUGUCAAGCCUGCCUCUUCCCAGAACGUAAGUUUAAUUCUGGUAGUAAUUUAGGUGCUUUGAUAAGAACAAGAACUCCUUCUGGCCCUGAGAAGACCUUUUAGCAGUAACUGUGCAGAAUUACUAUGUACUUUAAUGAGGUGUACUUUGUACUUUAGCUGCUAAAAAAUGCUUUUAAAAUUAUUGUGUUUCACUUGUGCUUCAUUUUUGCAGUAUGCGGAGUGUUACUUUAAUAAUAAUCUCAAAGGAUUUAUGUUACUGAUAGUGAAUAAAAUGUGUUAUUUUAUUCUAAUACAACAAAUGGUAAAAUUCUAAUUUUAUUAGUUAUUCUAAUAUCUUUGAUGGAAGGAAAUUAAACAUGAAGGGCUACUGUAAUUUCUUAAAAUUGGAUUGUUGUAUUAAAGAUGAUAACUGUUAAAUAUGUGUUUUUGCUUAAACUUUUUUGAAGAACAUUUGAAAUUUUGUUUCCUGUCUUCAACAAAAAUAUUCACAUUUUUAUUUUGUAUGCAGUAUUUUCCUGUCAAUCAAUUAUAUAGCUUAAAUGAAGAUAUUUAAAAUUUGAUGAAAUUAUAUAAACAUAUUGCUCAAUAUCUUUGUAUUUUGUGCUUUUUAAAUUAGUUGUAGUCAGUUAUCAAGUAAUAAAGAGUCUGACUCUGUA